AGGUGCCACAACACGAGGGGAUUUCCCUGCCCUCUGAGAAGAGGCCCAGUUCUUCCCCUGCGUCGGACAUCCCCGGGGUUCUAAGGGCAGGUCAAGGCAGGCAGAAGCGUCAGAAGAUCGGUUGAGGAGGCUACAGCUUCCUGCUGCCUUCUGCCUGCCGCUAUCGGUGCAGGGAUGCCGGAGGAAGGCCGCCCUUACCCCUGGAUACGCUGGAGCGGAACCGCGCUCCAGCGCCUGCUGCCAUGGCUGCUGGUGGUGUUUAUUAUUGCGAUUUGCUGUUGGUUCCACUGUGGUGGGCACCUCAGUAAGCAGCAACAGAGGCUGCAGGAGCCACUUAAGAUGCACGUAGCUGAGUUACAGCUGAAUCUCACAGAUCCUCGGAAGGACCCCACACUGCACUGGGGAGCCGGCCCAGCCUUGGGAAGAUCCUUCACGCAUGGACCAGAACUGGAGAAUGGCCAACUUCGUAUCUGUCUAGAUGGCAUCUACAGGCUGCAUAUCCAGGUGACACUGGCCAACUGCUCUUCCUCAGGCAGCUCCCUGCAGCACAGGGCCACCCUGGCUGUGGGCAUCUGCUCCCCUGCUGCUCACAGCAUCAGCUUGGGGCGUCGGCGCUUCGGACAGGACUGUACAGUGGCAUUACAGCGCCUGACACCCCUGGCCCGCGGAGAUGUCAUCUGCACCAACGUUACCCUGCCUCUGCUGCCAUCCCGAAAUGCUGAUGAGACUUUCUUUGGAGUUCAGUGGAUACACCCUUGACCACAAUUCCAGGAUGGCUUGUGAAUAUUUGUCUUCUUUUCAAGUUUUACAUAUUUAUAAAUGUAUAGUACACAUA